AUGGCAUCUCCCAGCCCUCUGGCAUCAUCAUCAACAACAGCAACAGUCACAGAUCCAGAACAGCAAGUCAAAAACUCAUCUUUGAUCUUUUCCAAGAUACUCAUCACUACAAUGCAUUUCUCCAAGAUUGCCAUCUCCAUUGGCCUCCUGGCCACCGCCGCGACUGCCGCUCCCAGAUCCUUCGAGGAGCGCUCUCCCCUCCUUGUCGGAGAGAUCGUCGAUCUCGGCGUGACUCCUCUGAGCGCCGGAGACCUCGAAAAGCGUGAUAUUAUUGACCUCGGUGUGACCAACGACUCGGAUGACCUCGAAAAGCGCGGAAAGAGCAACUACAUUUCCAGCUGUGGCGACAACUGGAUGCCCAUCGCGGACGACAAGCGCAAGAGCCACUCCGGCUACAAGUCUGCUGUCGAGCAGUACUGCUACCAUGUCACCCACAGCCAGGACGGGCUGCCAACUGUCAUCGGAGCGGGACAGAAGCACGCGGCGAUUGUCAAGAACGGAUACUAUCUCAAGGGGGAUGUUCCUGCCGCUGUGGACUUUGAAAUUCACAACAAGAUGAAGGAUGGAGAUCACACUCCCAACCAGGCUGACUGCGAGACAUACCUUAUGAAGAUGGCUGAUCCCUCUUCCAAAUGCUACGGCAGCAAGAACAAGGACACCAAGGGCGGAACCUGGCAGAUUGGUGACAACGAUGUCAGCUACCACGCUCUUCCCAAGCCCAACGCUACUUAG